AUGUGGGCACAGGGUGCUCCGGGGCUGCUUUGUGGGGUGCAGAACCCUCGUGCCAAGGGCCCCCGGGAGCUUCCCCCCCUCCCUGCUGUGCGGUCCUCUCGGGGCAGCUCCGCCGCCGAGCCCCGGGGCGGGGGGUGGUCGCGGCGGGCGGGGCGGGGCGGGGCGGCGGGGUUAUGUAAGGCGGCGAUUACCGGGGACCGGGCCCGGGGCGCGGCCGGGCGGCGCCGCGAUGGGAGCGACGAGCAGCGGCCCCGGCCCGACCCCGGCUCCGGUGCGGCCCCCCCAGGUGCGUGCGGCGGCAUCAGCCCCGGGCAUCCCCCGGGCAUCCCCCGCCCCGGGGUCCCCUCGCUGACGCUGUCCCCGGUUCCGCAGGGCCGCGCCGUGGGCUCGUGGGUGCGGGCGCUGUUGAGCCGAGCAGGGUCGGUGCCGGUGUCGGUCCCGGUGCCGGUACCGGGGCUCGCCCUGGCCCCGCGGGGCCCCGCCGAGGAGCCGCCGCUGCCCGGGUGGCCGCUGCCGCAGCUCGUCUCGUUGUUCCUGCCGGAGUUCCCCGUCCGCCCCUCCGCCCGCCAGCAGCAGCUCAAGAUCCUGGGCUUCGUGGCCAAAGGCUCCUUCGGGACCAUCCUCAAAGUGCUGGACUGUGGGAGGGAGAAGGUCUGCGCCGUGAAGGUUGUGCCCAAAGUGGAGGUGCUGCGCCGUGACACCCUCAAACAGUGCAAAGAAGAAGUCAGCAUCCAGAGACAGGUCAGGCACCCGUUCGUGCACGGGCUGGGGGACAGCUGGCAGGGCCAGCGCCACCUCUUCAUCAUGUGCACCUACUGCAGCACGGGGGACCUGCACGCGCUGUGGCGCACAGCUGGCUGCCUGGCCGAGGCCACCGUCCGCCUGUUCGCCGCCGAGCUGGUGCUGGUGCUGGUGUACCUCCACGACCUGGGCAUCAUGCACAGAGACGUCAAGAUGGAGAACAUCCUCCUGGAUGAGAGAGGGCACCUCAAGCUCACUGAUUUCGGCCUCUCCCGGUACCUGCAGUGGGGUGAGCGAGCCCACACCAUCUGUGGCACCCUGCAGUACAUGGCCCCAGAGGUGCUGAGUGGGGGGCCCUACAGCCAUGCAGCCGACUGGUGGUCCUUGGGAGUCCUGCUCUUUGCCCUGGCCAGUGGGAAGUUCCCCGUGGCUCCAGCGGGGGACCAUGUGGCCAUGCUGGAACGUGUCAAACAGAGCAGCUACGAGAGCCCACCCGAGUUCAGCCCUGAGCUGGCCCGGCUGCUCGCCGAGCUGCUGUGCCACAACCCCCUGUACCGCCUGCGCUACCUCCACCACUUUCAGGGCCAUCCCUUCUUCCGCGGGGUGGCCUUCGACGCCGAGCUGCUGCAGAAGGACCCGGUGGUGGUGGCAGCGGCCCCGCGACCCCCCGAGCAGCCCCCACCCGACCCCGCCACCUUCGCCGACUUUGACUACGACCUCGCCGCCCCCCCGGACCGGCCCUGGCCUGGCUGAGCCACCACGGCUGGGACCCUCGGCAUCGCUCAGGGACAUCCCCACCCCGGCAGCGGGUCGGACCCUGCUGGGCCGGGUCCCCAAGGGGUCACCCGGGUACCCCCCGAUCUCCUCCCCGGGUACCUCAGCUCUGUACCUCUCCCCGCGGGAGCAAUAAACCCGAGAGCCGCGGGCA